AUGUCUCAUCAUGAUUCCAGCUGCCCCUCAUGCGGCAAAAUCUUCAAAGACCACACUUCCAUUGCUUGUCAUAUGAGCCAGCCUCAGUCUGGAUGCAACACAUGGUUAGAGGAUAUGAUCAACUCCAUUUCACCUGGUGAAGAUCAUAACAUGGGCUCUGCAGACGAUGAGGACUUCACUGGACUUCCUCGUGAUGUUUCUUAUGAUCCGGGACUUGGAGGUGAGGAAAAUUUUCAUUAUUUUGGUGCAGGAGGAGAGGACAUCCCUGAUGGAAAUGAAGUGCAUGCCGGUGAAGUAAUCAACUACUUUCCAGAGCCUCCUCUGGCCUAUGAGGAUGGCUACACAUUUCUGGGGCUGUUUGAUGCAGAUGAAAACAGCGUAUCAUGGCUCUUGCAUUUGGGCCUGAGCAUGGGGAAGAUCGACUCUUUUCUAUCACUCAAAAUGAUCAAGGAUUUACCCUUGUUAUUCUGCUCCGCCAGAGAACUAUGCGGUCAAGCUGAGAUGCUGCCCAGUGGUCCAUGCUGGAAGUCUCAAGUCAUUCAUACAUUACAUCCUACAAAGUCGCCAGUAAUUCUGUACUGGCAUGACCCUAUUGAAUAUCUACUCUACUGCAGAGAGACUAUGUCGUGUAUACACCGGAUGGAUGUCAGGAAACGACGCAUGAGAUAUGCAGCAAUACCCAAGGGUGCAACCCUCCUCGGCACCAUUCUCUCCUCUGACAAGACAAACAUCACUGCAUUAACGGGGGAUCAUGUAGCUCAUCUGCUCCUAAUUAGCCUCUCCAACAUCCAUAUGAACGUACACUUGAAAUCGUCAACCAACUCUUUCGUUCUCGCUGCCCUGUUACCAGUCCCCAAGUUCAUUCACAAGAAAAAGCGAAUGAUGGGUGUAUUGGAGGAUCGCUUUAUACAUCAAUGCCUCAAUAUUGUUCUUGAGCCGCUCAACAUGGUUCGGUAUUGCUUCACUGCUCUCGCGAGCUAUAUCACUGACACCCCCGAGGCCAUGAUGCUGGCAGCCGUUGGUGGAAAAACGUCGCCGGAGAUGAUGGCAAUGUAUAAGCAAUUCAGGGAUGCAUUCCAUCAUGAACCCUGGAUGAAAUCAAUGAUGAUUGCACAGCUUGCUGUUGUGCGCUCAUGUGCUGAUCCUAAUGAUCUCGAGGCAUAUUUCCGCGAGGAACAGAAAUUCCGACUGAAUGGCAUCGACAAACCGUUCUGGUGGGACUAUGCACUAGCAGACCCCUCCUGGUUUCUUACACCGGAAUCACUCCAUCAUCUUCAUAAAGAAUUCUUUGACCAUGACACCCAAUGGCUCAUUCGCGCUGUUGGAGAUUCUGAAAUAGACUUCCGGUUCUCAGUGUUACAGCCCAUCACCGGUUAUCGACACUUUUAUGGUGGCAUCUCCAAAUUAAAACAAGUCACUGGUCACUGUGAAGGAGAAAUUCAACGUUAUAUCAUUGCUAUCAGUGCAGAUGCAGCACCUCCUCAUGUCAUCGCUGCUGUACAUGCACUCAUGCAGUUCCAGUGUCGUCCAACACCUAGUCUGCUAUACUUGCGGAACAAGUGCUGCUUAGCGGCCGAUGCAAAGCGCGGGAAAGCGGCGGACGUAAAGCGGAAUGGUAACAGACGCGGUGCGGAUGGUAAACAGAUACAGAUUGCCAAUAGCUACCAACUGUAG